CCGACCGGACCUCCCCUGGGGCCACGCAGGUGCCGUCCCGCGGGACCCCAACCUCCUCGGCAGCCGCGGCUCUCGAGGCUGGGGCUGGCAGGGAGCGCGAGCUGCAUGCCGAGCGCCGCCCCCGCGCCAUGGACCCCGGCCCGCCCCGCCGGGAGCCCGCGGGCGCCCGCGUGAUGGCCCCGGUGCGCGCCGUGGUCCGGCUGCGCCGCCGCGCGUGCGUCCUGCGCCAGCGGCGCCUCGUGCCGCCGGCCGCGGGGCCCGCCCCGGCGCCGCAGUUCUUCACCUUCGACGGCCCCGCGGCCCCGGCCGCCGGGGCGCCCCGCCGGAGGCGCCGGCGCAGCCGCUUGGUGCUCUACCCCGAGGGCGCGCGCAGGUGCCGGCCGCGCGCCGAGAGCCGCAGCCGCGCGCAACGCUGCCUCCUGCUGCUCGUGGCCAUCGUGGGCUUCCAGGUGCUGAACGCCAUCGAGAACCUGGACGACAACGCCCAGCGCUACGACCUGGACGGGCUGGAGAAGGCGCUGCGGCGCGCGGUGUUCGGCCAGCCGGCGGCCGUGGCGCGCAUCGUGGAGCUGCUGCGGGACUACCUGGCCACGCACGUGCACAGCCGCCCGCUGCUGCUGGCGCUGCACGGGCCCGCGGGCGUGGGCAAGAGCCACGUGGGCCGCCUGCUGGCCCGCCACUUCCGCGCCGUGCUGGACGACGGGGCGCUGGUGCUGCAGUACCACGCGCGGCACCACUGCCCCGAGCCGCGCGCCGCGCAACGCUGCCGCGAGGAGCUGGGCCGCCGCGUGGCCGCCGUGGUGGCACGCGCCGAGGCCGCGGAGAAGACGCCGCUGGUGGUGCUGGACCAGGCUGAGCUGCUGCCGGCGGCGCUGCUGGACGAGCUGCACGGCCUGCUGCAGCCGCAGCGCCCGCACCCCUUCCACAACGCCAUCUACGUGCUGCUCAGCAGCGCGGGCGGCGCCCAGGUCACGCGCUUCGUGCUGCGGAACGCGACCCGCGCGCGCCCCGCGCCGCGGCCCGACGAGGAGCUGCGCGCCGGGCUGCGGGCGCUGCUGGCGCGCGCGCACCCGCUCUGGCAGGCCGCCGCCGUCGUGCCCUUCCUGCUGCUGGACAGGCGCAGCGUGGUCAGCUGCUUCCGCGAGGAGAUGGCCGGGGAGGGCUUCUUCCCCGAGCAGGCCCGCGCCGAGCUCCUGGCCGCGCAGCUCAGCUACUACCGCGUGGCCGGCCGGGAGUUCGCCGUCACGGGCUGCAAGCAGGUGGUGGCCAAGGUGAACCUCCUGUAGCGGCGCGCCCGGGGGCCACGGCGCGGUGUGGGUUUGCCCCAGGGCCUGAGCCUCGCA